GGGGAGCGUGAGCCUGCGGGUGGCGCGCAACGCAUGGUGGCGACUUCUCUCGGAGUGUCGCCGACCCGCCGACCCGGGCUCGGUUCCCUGUGCCUGGCUCGCCCGGGCGACCAACUGGAGACACACGCAAGGAGCAGCAUUCGCAGCACCAGAGGCGGCUGCUCCGCCGCCCGCGUCUCCGCGGGAGCAUGGAGUGCGCCCUGGACGCCCAGAGCCUGAUCAGCAUCUCCCUGCGCAAGAUCCACAGCUCCCGGACCCAGCGCGGCGGCAUCAAGCUGCACAAGAACCUCCUGGUGUCCUACGUGCUCCGCAACGCGCGCCAGCUCUACCUGAGCGAGCGUUACGCCGAGCUCUACCGGCGCCAGCAGCAGCAGCAGCAACAGCAGCCGCCCCACCACCAGCACCAGCACCUCGCUUACGCGGCGCCCGGAAUGCCGGCCAGCGCGGCCGACUUCGGCCCGCUCCAACUUGGCGGCGGCGGGGACGCGGAGGCGCGCGAGCCGGUUGCCCGGCACCAGCUGCACCAGCUCCACCAGCUUCACCAGCUGCACCUCCAGCAGCAGCUGCACCAACACCAACACCCGGCGCCCAGGGGCUGCACGGCGGCGGCGCCGGUGGCGGUGGCCGGGGCGCCCGCGGGCUGCGCGGGGGCGCUCUCGGAGCUGCCCGGGUGCGCUGCGCUCCAGCCGCCGCACGGCGCGCCCCACCGCGGGCAGCACUUGGAGCCGCUGCAGCCGGGUCCCGCGCCGCUGCCGCCGCCCGCGCCCGCCGCGCUCUGCCCGCGGGACCCUCGCGUCCCGGCCGCUUGCUCUGCGCCCUCGGUGCUUCCGGGGGCUGCCCCUUCGACCGUCGCUGCCUCCUCUCCGCCCGCCUCUACAGCCCCUUCCUCAUCCACUGGCUUCUACCGGGGCGCGUACCCGGCCCCCUCGGACUUCGGCGUGCACUGCAGCAGCCAGACCACCGUGCUGGACCUGGACACUCACGUGGUGACCACGGUAGAAAACGGCUACUUGCACCAGGACUGCUGCGCCUCCGCCCACUGCCCCUGCUGUGGCCAGGGCGCUCCGGGACCCGGUCUGGCGUCCGCCGCUGGUUGCAAGCGCAAGUAUUACCCUGGCCAGGAGGAAGAGGACGACGAAGAGGACGCGGGCGACCUGGGAGCCGAGCCCCCCGGGGGUACCCCAUUCGCCCCCUGUAAGCGCGCCCGCUUCGAGGACUUCUGCCCGGACUCGUCCCCGGACGCGUCCAACAUCUCAAACUUGAUCUCCAUCUUUGGCUCGGGCUUCUCGGGGCUGGUGAGCCGACAGCCGGACUCCUCGGAGCAGCCGCCGCCGCUCAACGGGCAGCUGUGCGCCAAGCAGGCGCUCGCCAGCCUCGGCGCCUGGACUCGAGCCAUUGUCGCCUUCUAGGGACCCCCGAGGGCAUGGGGACCCUGGGCCCCGCGGGGCUGGGGCCAGACAAAGACUCGGCCAAGGGGCGAUAGGGAGCGAGCGGGUCCUGGCCACUCGGGGCUGAGCUGGGGACGAGCAGAGGCUGAUGUUUUAUAAAUUGUAAAAUAAAAAAAAAAAA